AUGUCAUACUAUCCAACUUCGAAUUACACAAAUCAGCCAGCUCCAUCAUAAUAAUUGUUUGAUAACAAAGAUUAAACUUUAAAAUAUAUUCCUGUAAUAAUUCCAGCCUAUGGAAAUAAUGAAAACCAUCAAUAAUAUUCAUCUUAAUAAUAACACUCUCUUAAUUAAGUCACACCAAAUUAAGAAUUUUCGAAUGUACAAGUCAAUGAUCAGUUAAUAUUUUCUACUUCUAAUUUAAUUAAAGAUAAAGACUUUUCACAAUAAAAACAGUUGCUCCUUAAGAUUAUAGGAAUAUUUAUUUCAUGGACUAUUCUUUCUGUUUUCCUCUUUUUUCUAUUGAUGCUGAGUGUCUUUAAAGAAUUAAAAAUAAGUGCAAUCUAUUUAAUUUUGGCUAUUUGUUCUUUAAUAGCUAUUGGAUUUUUGAUUAAAUUAGGGAUUAACUAAAAGUAUAGAAAAGUAAUAAUUAUUACAUGAAUUUUAGACAGAAUCCAGUUUACUGAUACUUUUUGGUCUAAUUUGUAGCUACACAUUAUUUUAUAUUGGGUUAGUGUUUUUUUUAUUAAUAUCAGUACACAAUUAUUCGGCAUGUAAAAGUCACAUAUUAUUUAUAGCUGUGCUUAUUAUUACUGUAUUCUAAUGUAUGAUAUGCUUUAAUUUUGUUACGAACUUCAUAAUUUUGAUCUACCUCUUUUUUGAGAGAACUAAAAUAAGAGUGAUUUGUAAUAAAUAUUAGUUAUCUGUAGAUGUUUGUUUAGUGCAGAUUGCCAUUAUUGUCCUGCUGGGGAUCUUAUAUUUACCCUUUUUUUAUUUAAUUAUUGUAGUCUUACCCUAUCCUAUUUGUAUUUUGAAUGCUUUCAAGCAAAUUUUAAAAGGAAGAGUAAAUAUUUAAUUUUUAUCAUCUAGUUUAAUUUAUAAUCAAAUGAAGUAGUUACAGCAUCAAUUGCAGUAUUUUAUGGCAUGUUUGUGGGCUGUGAAGAUUGA